GGCUGACCUGGUUGGCCUGGUUGGCCUGGUUGGCCUGGUUGACCUGAUUGACCUGGUUGACCUGGUUGACCGGGUUGGCCAGGCAUCCCCGGCUCACCGCGUUUUUCUUUGGUCGGUGCACUUUCGCUACCUUUCUUUCCCUUUUGAGUGGGGUUUGAUGGCUUUGUUCCUUUCGGUUUUGUGGAUCCGGCAGUACUUGUAUCUGUCUUUGACUUGUCUUGUUUCGUUGUGGCGGGCGACGACGACGAUGACGAUGCUGAUGAUCCAGGUGGUGUCGAACCAGGUGUUGUUGUUUGCGGUGUCGUUGACUUUGAUGUGUCGUUCUUAUUCAAGCCGGAGACUUUAUCAACGAUUGUAAGCGUAUUUUUAGUUCCGUCCAUAGCUUUCAAUCCAAAAUGGGCUGUGUGCGACAUGACUUUAGUGCCCGUUGGGGUUAACUUCAAUGAUUCUUCUCCUCGCUUGCUAUUGACAAUGCGACGCACUUGUUGCUGUCCUUGGCUAAUCGUAGUGUCGCGCCUACCAAGCGCAGGACCAGCGUGUCCAGAAAGAUUUACUCUUGCGUUAUCCGAGUUUCCGUGGGUAGGUUGCUGACCAGUAAUGCCUGAUUGCUGGACUGUUCCAAGGCGGGGUUGUGGAGGCCCAGAACGCUUCACAUGAACACCUGAGCUAUGGAUGAUAUGCUCAUUACCAGCGUCCUCUCGGGCAAGAGUUGGUGAAGAAAUAGCGCAAAUAGCCAAGGCGGUGGCAAUAACUGCAGAAUCAAAUCGCAUGUUGUUGAGGAUUGUCU